AUGAAGGACGUUCUAAGUCAUAAGAAGGAUUGGAGAAAGACACAAACAGUCCUCCUCACUGAAGAAUGGAGUGCAAUCAUUCAGAACAGCUUGCCAGAGAAGCUUAAAGACCCUAAUAGCUUUAUGAUACCAUGCACUCUAGGUAAUGCUUGUACAAGAAUAGCUCUAUGUGACCUUGGAGCAAGCAUCAACUUAAUACCUGCUUCUUUAAUAAAGAAGCUCUAUUUGACUGAGGAAGUCAAACCAACCCGCAUGUGCCUUCAACUUGCUGAUGGAUCUAUUAAGAUACCAUCCGGAGUAAUAGAGGACAUGAUUGUCAGGGUUAUGGGACAUGGAGGGGCACAAGAGUACAUUCCUCAUCCUAGGAAGACCUUUCCUAGUCACAGGACGAACCCUCAUCGAUGUGGAGAAAGGGGAAGUAACCCUAAGAGUCAAUGA